AUGUACAAGAACAAGCUUCAAGAGCUAUGCCAGAAGAAAUCAUGGCGGUUACCGGUUUACGACACCACAAGAGCCGGACCACCGCACGAUCCUCUUUUCACCACUACUGUUACCGUCAAUUCCGUCCCGUUUACUUCAUCAACACCCUCGCGAACCCUUAAGUUGUCCCAAAACGACGCUGCUUUUCUGGCGUUUAAUCAUUUUUCUGAGCAAAAUCCUGUUUCUUCGCCUUUUCUUCCUAAUCUAGCUGCUUUUCCUCAACCUAGCUUCUCCGGUUCUCUCAAUGCAGCAGUUUCGCAAGAUGACGGUUCAUGGCGGAAAACCCGGCAGUAUCGGCUAAUAUUUGCCCAUUGUGGCAAACCCAAAAACCGCCAAAGCGUCGCCAUGGCCGACAUUUGA